ACUCUCCAUCUCCAGCUAUGUCUGGCCCACUACUGUGACAUCCAUGGGCCAACUCCCCUGAUGGUCACUGAGGGUCUGGCAAGUCCUUGUGGCGUCUGUCACGAACCCUCAGCCGCAGCAAGCGACAAGCCCCCACGCUCCGCUCCAGCUGCGUCAGAACCCCAGCAGCCUCGGGCGUCGCCAGCCGCAGUUACCGACGGGCUUCGGGAACUCAGCCUUUCACAAGAGGGCCAGCAGUCUCACCGUCCGGCCUUGCGUCGAUCCCCCGGCACCGGCCCCAGCGCCGGCAAUGACGGCGCUGCCGUGACUGGCCUCGACACGCCGCCCGAGAGUCCGCGACCUCUGUCCCAGCAGCCACGACGAGACUCGAGCUACCGUAGGACGUACGAUGAAACCGUCACCCGGAAACAGGGGCCUUGCGAUAAUUGCGCCAUGACAUUGCCUCGUAGGCAGCAGAACGUUGCCGCGGCUGCGGAAGACGCCAUUGACACGCGGGCCCCGACCUUGCGCACCCGCGCGCCGGCUGAGCGCGUCUUUCUCCCCGUCGAGCCAACGUCGCCGCCGAACUCGCAGUCCUCAAGCGACACGGAUGCAGAUCAUGAGGUUCCGAGACAGCCGCGCAGCAGGAAAAACGUCUCCUCUGUGAGCUCACGGACGACGUCGUGCUCUAGCACGUCUACGACCUCGGAGCGUCAUCCCAGCCACGUGCACUAUGUGGACUACACGUCGACUCACGAGCCCAUCCUGCCCGACUCCUUUUCUCUCAUACGCGCCUCAUGUCUGCGCGCCCUGUCCUUUGAGACCCUCCCACGAGCUCCCUCGACCGCGACGCCAGCGGCUUCACCUCAGCACCACAGCUCGCCGUCAUUUGUGACCACGCAGAGCGCGGGUUCGGCAGCGUCGGGCGGUGCCAUUUUCUUUGGUGAUGCUCUGGCCGGAUACACCACCGCCUACAUCUUCCGGAUUCCCGAUCUUCACGCCCGAGGCCAUAAGCGGGUCUAUGCCUUUCUGGCGCUCAGCACUCACAAAGAGCGACUCGCCAUGAAGACGUUUGCGGGUGUGUCGGCGGCCUUCCGCGAGCUCGCCACCUGGAUCCAGAAUCUUGCCGAAGCCGAGGCAGAGCGCACGGCGGAUGCGUCCCCCAUCGGAAGCGUCAUGCAGAGCGGUGGACCGGGCAGCCAUGUGGCAUCGUCAUCGUCGGCCACCAUGGACGCGCCGAAUGUGGAUCGCAGCGCCAGCAGCUUCCUGACUGGAGGGAGUGGCUUCACCAGACGCAUGGGAGGUCCGGGCAGCGUCUCCUCGCUCAAGGCCCGCGGCCUUGCGGAACUCGUCGGGCAGCCAGACUUCUUCAUCACGCUGCACAAGAAAUUCGUGCAGCUCCUGUUUGAGGUUGGCGUGUCCCUGAAUUCGUAA